AUGCCCGGGGUGGACGGGAAGAUAGUCUCAGAUCACCGCCAGCAACUAGGUAUCCCGCUCCGAUUCCCGUGGAUCGUGGACGACAACACUCCAGUAGUCGACUUUAGCACCUGUAGAGGCAAUAUCAACAAGGCGCCAAACAACUACCGAAUCUUUAGAGCCCGGAGAGACGUUGCCUCUUCGGACAAAGCGGCCAAUCUAAAAAAUCGGCGGCCUCGAGACUGGAAGCCCGCCGGCCCCAAUGUCUCGGUGCUGUCGUUCAUGCCCCCGCCCACACUGCCCGUCCGCCGUUCUCUUCUGUUGGUAGACUGCUAA